GCCCUAGGAACCGAGUACACCCCACUACCGUUUCCCGGCCUCACACGUGUCGCCACGUGUCGCGCGCCGAGCCAUCCGUCGCGGUCGGGAGCCGCAGCCAUUUAUGCGCGGUGGCGAGUUCAUCUGCUUCCCCCCCAUCGGGCGUCGUCGCAGCGUCAAAACCUGGUCCUCUCGCCUCCACUGAAGAAACCAAGAAGAAGAAGAAGAAGAAGAAGAAGCAGCAGCAGCAGCAAGAGAACGUCAAUGGGGCUGUCGAGCUUUCCGGUGGCGGCGGAAGGGCUACUGCCUCUGCUCGUGAUGAACGCGGCCCUCUCGGUGUCGCACGUCAAGAGCACCUGGAGGUACCUCCUCGACGCCAUCGCCGGCGGCGUCGCGGCCUCGGCCUCGGCCGCGGCGGAAGCCGGGACCCCGCGCCCCCUCUCGCGGCGGCGGCGGCGAGGGGGAGGAGGAGGAGGAGCGGCGCGGAGGAGGAGGAGGAGGAGGAGGGUCCGCGUCAGGCGGUUCGAGACGCCGGCGGGGAGCGAGUGCGGCGGCUCCUGCUGCGUGUGCCUGUGCCGGUUCGAGGCGGAGGAGGAGGUGAGCGAGCUCGACUGCAAGCAUUUCUUCCACCGGGAGUGCCUCGCCAGGUGGUUCGACAACGGCCACCGGACCUGCCCUCUCUGUCGCUCCGUUCUCUGAAGAAGAAAGGGUUUUACGACACAGAGAGAUUGCUGACGUCCUUUUUCUUUUCCCGCGCGAGUGAUGCGGUUUUCGCUUCUCCGUCGCGUUCCCGUUUGCGUUUUUUUUUUUUUUCGCUUCUUCUCCUUUGUUUUUGCCCCUUCACGUUGGUGUUUCCUCUUCUGUUUUUUCCCUCGGACUGUCUCGAGACAGGAUUAGUAGGGAUUUCUCUGGCAGAGCUGCCGGACAUAAUAAGAAGCUGAAGGGGUUUUCGACUUUGAA